GGUAUGGAGGCCUUCAAGACGCUAGCCAAGAAGGCCGGCGUCUGCAUCGCCACAGCAGACUCUAUUGCCAGCAGAUCAUCGGACAGGAAAUUCGACAAGGUGAUCAGGAACCUACUGAAGACCGAUACUGCUAAGGUGGUGGUUUGCUUCUGCGAGGGGGAGACUAUUACAAACCUACUGAAGGCUACGAGACGUCUUGGUGAAUCCGGGACCUUCCUCUUCAUCGGAAGUGAUGGGUGGGCUAACCGCUAUGAGAUCAUACGCGAGGUUCAGCACGAGGCCAUAGGCGGCAUCACAAUCAAGCCUAAGACCUCGUACAUCAACGAUUUCGAUUCGUACUAUUUCUCGCUGAGACCGGAGAACCACUCCAAGAACCCUUGGUUCCGUGAGUUCUGGCAGCAUCGGUUCCAGUGCCAGCUACCGAAGGGUAACGUUAGUGAGCCCCGCGACGAUGACCAGAAGUAUGCCAGGAAUUGUACAGGCAAUGAGUCCCUCGCUGAUGAAGACUACAAUCAAGACACUAAGAUGGGUUUCAUUAUCAACGCCAUCUACACCAUGGCCCACGGACUGCACGACAUGCACCGGGCCGUGUGCCCUCCAGACACCGUAGGGCUCUGCCCGGAGAUGAAUCCAGUCGACGGCAGAGUCUUCCUUAAGCAUCUCUUCAAUGUGUCUUUUGACGGAGUUUCCGGAGACCGGAUACAAUUUGACAGCAACGGCGAUCCCACUGGCAGAUACGAUAUUUUCAACUACCAGCUGCUACCGACGGGCCAGUACGAGUAUGUCCGUAUCGGUGACUGGUCAGCCGGGACUCUAUACAUGAACGAUUCGGCCAUGAUGUGGAACAACGCCUCAUCAAGUCCAGCCUCGUCUUUCUGCAGUGAACCAUGUCUAAAGGGACAUGCAAAGGACAUCCGUGACAACUUGGAUUGCUGCUGGGCAUGCGUACCAUGCAAACCCAACGAGUUCAUGCUGGAUGAAUUCACGUGCGAGAAAUGUGAGCAAGGAAAACGGCCCAAUGAAGAACUUACAUCGUGUGUUGAGAUCGAGGUUGAGUAUAUGAAGUGGGGAGACAUUGAAGCCGUGUUUGGUCUUUCCUUCUCGUGUAUCGGUAUCGCCUUAACGUUCUUCGUUCUCUUUACCUUCAUUCAUUAUAACGACACCCCUGUGGUAAAGUCAUCUAGCCGCGAGAACAGCUACAUCCUACUCGCUGGAAUACUGCUGUGUUUCUCUAUGACGUUUGUUUUCAUCGCUGUACCGAACACCGUCGUGUGCUAUAUCCGACGCAUCGGGCUGGGGUUAAGCUUCUGUAUCUGUUAUGCCGCAUUAGUGGUGCGUACUAAUCGAAUGGCGAGGAUUUUGGCAGGCUCCAAAAAGAAGAUCAUCACACGAAAACCACGUUUUCUGAGCAGCACGGCGCAGGUCGUGAUGACUCUGCUGGUGAUUGCCGUCCAGGUGGGGAUUAUAACGGCCCUGCUACUGAUCGAACCACCGGCGGCCGUGUUCGAUUACCCGGACUUACACCGAGUGACCCUUGUAUGCAACACUACCACCAUGGCCAUUUUGGCGCCACUUGGUUAUGACGCGUUACUCGUCAUCAUGUGCACCCUCUAUGCCUUCAAGACACGCAAUCUACCGGAGAACUUCAACGAGGCUAAGUACAUUGCGUUUACCAUGUACACCACGUGCGUGGUCUGGCUGGCGUUCAUACCGCUGUAUUUUGGCGGGAACGCGGGAAUGAGAACGAUUGUCGUCUGCUUCGCGGUGAGUCUGAGCGCAACGGUGACGCUAGGGUGCCUUUUCUUUCCCAAAACGUACAUUGUGUUGUUUAAACCGGAGAGGAAUAGACGGAGUUCAAUGAAGACAUCGAGUCUGGUCCGAAUGCACGUGGGGAGUUUCAGCGAGUUGGCCCCGUUGUCGUCACAGAAGAGCAACAGUGCAAACGGAACUCUCGACAAAGCAAGGGAUCGAGGUGCCCGGAGCCCAGGGUUCAACAACCGAAGGAAAUCUUCUAAAGAAAAGGGAUUUUUCGGCGGUCUGCGACGUCGCAAGCAAGGCUACAACCAGGUCAUGAAAGCAGUAGAACGGGACAGAAUACAAAGACGUCGCCAGCCGGUCUACCGUUACUCCUCAUCGACAGAGACCCAUGCAAAAAGGCUGAGUGGGGAUCAACCUGAGAACGAGGAUGGCGUGCGGAGGGCCUCCGAUCAAAGGAGUGACGAGUCCUCAGGAAGGACGUCACAGUAUAGUCCGAAGAUUGCUGUAGUGCGCCCUCAAACGGAUCAAACAGCUACAACCUUAAAGGAGGUAUAUCGAGAAAGUGCACUUAGGGACUCCUCGGGCGGGAGCGUACCUCGCGUUUCGAGCACCGAAGAGAUUCAACAGAGGAGGCAAUCUGCAAAGUCCUCGGACAGUGUUUUUAUUGCAAUGACUACCCACGAAUCAGACGUGGAUGACCCGCCGAAUGACGACGGACGCCCGCUCCUAACUGCGUCUCCAAAGAGGCACUCGGGCAGCAAACUCCACACAGACAUUCCUCAAAUUAUAACAUCAUUCCACGGCAGCAACCAGGACCUCUCAGAACCUCAAGUUGGACAGAUGAGGAACUCGCUGGACGUUGCCUCCAACCCUAAGCGCCGGGUGUCCGACUGUCCAGACCUGCCUCGCCCAGGCUCGAACCCAUUUCACUUUUUACCCCGAAGGCGCUCCCAAGGUUCUCUGGAGGGUAAGCCUGGCGUUGCUCUCUGCAGUGCCCCACCCUGUAAACACUCUCUGAAACACCGAAAGCAGCUUGCACGAUCGGCAGAGGUGCUGUGCCGUCAGAAUGCAUCUACCCCAUUAAAAACGUCAUCAACAAUCUCCUCAUUUUCGGUGUCACCGACAUCAAAUAAUAAUUCAUUACAAGCGAGACCUUUCUCUAGAGGUGAUCUGCUGUUCUCAAAUCAUCCUCAGUGUUCUGAGGAUCAUCCUUCGCCUCAACACAAUACCUCCCCAGUUACCAAACCUGUCGAGCUUAUUGAGCUCAAAAACGAACAUGACUUCGAUAGGGCGCCCUCAAAGGUUGAGAGCUCACCCUGUCAGACACCUCCAGUCACAAACACUCAUGGACAUGUUUUAUUUGUAGAUACGAAUCAGCCUUGUACCGUUUGGAACGAGGCUAAGCUUGAAGAACUGGCAGCUGGUCAAAACACGCCGUUGAGGACGCUACCCGAGAUCAGAUCCUCAAACGUUUGACGGCAGUUUAAAAUACUAUACAACCACAUUAAUGAAUCUGUGUCUGCUGCCUGCGCCCUUUACGUUAUCAAUUGACAUUCUGUACAUAGAAGAGCGAACUUCAUUGAAAUAUCUAAAUAGCAUUUGGAGUUUACCACACAAUAAUUAAAACACUUUUUUUUAGUACAUAGUGCGUGCGUCCAGUUUUCCACUGGGCAAAAAGUGGCGGACUUUUAUAAUAGAUAUUUAUCAGGUGGCUCACGGUUUGAGUGGAGCCGUUUCCAAAUUUGUGGCUAUAGCUACGGCUACCGUUAGAUGUCCGCACCAAUAUGCAAUGAGGUUUAGGAUGUCGUAAGCAAAGCAACACCCUUAGCAACAGCCGUAGCCGUAGCUGUAGCCGCCAACAACGGUCUAUUUCCUACUUCAGACGGCUGCAGAAAGUUAACAGAGUAGACCAAAUUAUUGAGUGAUGGUGUGGCAGGAGAUUCUGUCCCCCAUAUAGCGUUCUGGGUACAAACUUCUUCCGAUAGCGCCCUCUUUUGAAUCCUCCUCCCCCAGCCCAUGUUAAAUUCCCAUGGAUGAUAGAAUCUCUGGCGGACAGAUUUCCCUAUGACACCGGCUGUCAAAGUGCUGUCUCUAUAUCAGCUUGUGAACAUAUUUUCCAAGAAAUACUGUGAAUAUUUUUGUUCUCUCUAUAAAAAGUAGCAGUUAGAAGAUGAAAUACUUAAAGCAAGCUAUGUUUCUACUUUGAAUUGUAACAAAAAUAAAACCACUAACACAGAGACAAAGAUAUCAUAAUUACAGAAAAAGCCUUCCACGCAGUAGUUUGUUUUACAUUUAAUUUCUUAAAGGCACCGGACACAAAAUGUCAAAGACCAGUAUUCUCACUUGGUGUAUCUCAACUAUUCAUAAAAAUAGAAGAUUACGUUGCGUAUUAAUUAUGUGAGUGCUUUCAGAUGCCUGAAUAAAAACCUGAAGUUUUUUUCGUAUUCA